AUGGAUGUAAGCCGCCAACCUGCACAACCACAGACAUCUGCAAUGACCAGAAAUGAUAAUUGCCAGGAGGAAGUUGGUAGCCAGGAGGAGGAUACUAGCCAGGAGGAGGAUAAUAGCCAGGAGGAGGAUACUAGUCAGGAGGAAGAUAGUAGCCAAGAGGAAGAUAGCAGGCAGGACGACGAUAUUAAUGAUGGCCAUGACAAUAUUUUACAAUACAGAUGUGACAAAUGCGAUUUAACAUUCCAAUACAAAAGUUGGUUCCUUAGGCAUAAACAAAUACAUGACCCAGAAUCUAUACCAUGUGAAUAUUGUCCAAAAAUAUUCAAAAGAAAAGACGCUUUAAAAGAAGACCUCUUUUAUCAUAUUGGACGGAGAAAUUAUAAAUGCGGUGAAUGUGGUAGAGUACUAGAUUCUACGUUGAGAGUAAAUAACAAAUCAAAUAGAUUCAAAGAAAAUGAUUUCCAACCCUACCACAUAAAUAUAUGCUGGUGGAAGGUGUGCUCGGACUCUGAUGUUUUCAAGCCUUCAGAUGCCACUUUAAUCGACAUUGAUAACGUAUUUGAAACCUAUGACAACCCCAAAAACCGAAUGUCCAAACCUAAACUGCAAACACGUUCUACCGGUAAAUAUAGCAUUUCGACAAGGACGAUUCAACGGCGUUCACCUCAGAGGUCAGAGGAACAUUCUAAACGUAGGCCCGAAAUCGAGAGUAAUGAAUCUCAGCCGUCAAAAUAUUAUGCAGAUCAGCCAUCUUGA